CGUUACACAGAUGACGCAUCGACUGCUGUAAAAGAAGGAUAAUAAUUUUCUCGUACGUAUUUGUGUGUUCAAUCAAGAAUUUGCGUCUCUAAUUUAUCGGAUCUAAACUAUCAAAAUGAGUUUCCUGACGAAAAUGUUCGGAGGCAAGAAAGAGGAGAAAGGCCCGACAACGCAUGAGGCGAUACAAAAAUUACGUGAAACUGAAGAGUUGUUGAUCAAGAAACAGGAAUUUCUGGAGAAGAAAAUCGAGUUGGAAAUCCAAACAGCUAGGAAACAUGGCACCAAAAAUAAAAGAGCUGCAAUUGCCGCGCUCAAGCGUAAGAAGCGCUAUGAGAAGCAACUCACCCAGAUUGAUGGGACACUCACCCAGAUUGAGGCGCAGCGUGAGGCGCUGGAGGGAGCGAACACCAAUGCCCAGGUGCUCAACACGAUGAAGGAUGCUGCCAACGCAAUGAAACUUGCUCACAAGGAUAUCGACGUGGACAAGGUGCACGACAUCAUGGACGACAUCGCGGAGCAGCACGACAUCUCGCGCGAGAUCACCGACGCCAUCAGCAACAACGUCGCCUUCCCCAACGACGUCGACGAGGACGAACUCGAGAAGGAGCUGGAAGAGCUUGAACAGGAGGAUCUCGACAAGGAGAUGCUGGGCAUCAAUGUGCCCACAGACACACUGCCGGACGUGCCCAGCGCCGAGCUCGUCCACGACAAGCCCAAGCCCAGCAGGUCCAAGCAGACUGAGGACGACGAGGAAUUCGCAAAGCUGCAGUCCUGGGCUACGUAGACUGAUCGAGGGUCAGAUACUUGUACGUUGUGAUAUUUUGACGGUAGCGAGUCGAGUGAAGGUUUAGUUUUGCACAAUUAAGCUCAAACAGAAGUGAAGUGUUAACCAAAAGUGUAUUGAACAGACAGAGUUUAAAAUUCCCCAUCAAGUGCGAGUUCGUUUAAUUCGCGCAACACUUUUCAGUUAUCUCAUGCAACUAUAAACACGAAAGGUUUUGACCAGAAAUACACUAAAGAUACCGUUCUAAUUCAGACUGUCACCAGGAUUAUACUGCUGCAGUAUUGCAGCGCGACAUUACUACCGCAAUGCCGAAAUCGAUGUUGUUGCCUGGAUUUUAGACAUGUAUUUUUGAACUGAAUACGCUUAUGCCGCGCAGGUCCGCACACUGAUUGAUUCCCGCCUUAGGAUGCGCCGAAUGCCACGUCAAAAUGUCACCGAGAAUCUUCGCCUAACAUUAAAGCUAGGGUAGACAACUUUAUAUCUGUGUUUCACAAACGUAUGGCUGGCACCACAGCCAGCGUCAGCAUGGAGCGAAUUUGCUAGCAUUUUUUUUGGCUCAGGCAUGUGAGGCAUGAAGGUUGAUUGUGUGAUCGGUGACUAUAAUAUAUCUACAGGGAAAUUGCACAUUUUAUCAAAAGUAAGCCUUCACUCGAACAUGUGAAUAUAAAUAUGUAUGAAACAAUCGUUCGGCUUUAUGUAAUGCGGUUAAAUGUAAUCUGCCUUAUAUAUUUACUAACUGAAUUUUGUACUAUAUGUCUGUUAUUUCAAAUCUAGCAAAUGUACUGUUCACGCUUUAUGCAUUGUGUUUCCUGAGAAAUACAUCAUAAUACCUAAUUCAUGUUUAGUAUAGUACAAAAUAUCAGUGUUUAGUCCAAAUAUUGAUAGGAACCGAUGGAUAUGGGUAGGCAAGAUGUCUGUAAUAUAAUUUAUAUUUAUUUGCUGUUUUUGUAAUCAAUAUGUUGAAGAAAACUAUUUUUAUAUUAAUUUUAAUUCGUUAGGUUUCGAAGAUGUUUGCACUAGAUAAGAAAAUUUGCUACUAAACGCUUGAACUCGAAUCAUCGCUAAAUGUCAUACUCAUAUCAUAUCACUUUAUUUGGUUUAUGUACCUACCUAAAUCUUAUGGGUACUUACACUUUGGCAUAAUAGUGCUUUUUUAUAAGAGGCGUAGCGAGAAAUUUUAUAUCAGCGGUGAUGAAAUAGUAGGUUGUUAUUAGUGUUAUAUCGCUAAGAAUAUGAAAUUACGACUCGAUCGUCGCCUAGCCUAGCCUCAGUGGCGAAAAAGAACUAGAAACAAGUGCUCUGAAUCCAUUUCAACGAAAGUUGUCAUAAAAAGCGUUGACCUUACCCCAUUUCGGCACCGGAGUUGGUUAAAAUAAGUAGUAAAUAUUAGUACAUAACAUUUUUUUCUCAUUCGAACUAACGUCAAUAAAUGUAACCUAGGAUUACUGCCUACAUGUAUGUACUAGAAGGAAGCGUAUGUUUUUUAAGCUCUAAUUUUACCUUGUUUAUAAUUCAAUACAUUUUACCUAAAGAUAA